AUGUCGUUCAAGAAAACCUUAAUCGAGCGCCUGUUCAACAUCUUCAAGGCGUCAACCCAAACCCUCGGAGAGCCGGAUUUCGUCGUCAUCAGACUCCUAAGCCCUGAGGUUCCUCCACAAGAGAUCGUCGGCGGGGAAUUUCCAGAAGCAGGAGAUCUGGUUUUUGCCGUUUUUAGGAAGUUCCUCCACAAGAGGUCAUCGGUGGGGAAUUUCCAGAAGCAUGAGAUUUGGUCUUUGCCGAUGAGGGCAAACCUGAUGGAGAAGCUCAAAGUCGUGGUCAUCGGCUUGGACCGGAUUCGAUUGGACGGUUUGGCCCCGCCAGAACCCGCGUCGAAGAGCUCGCCGAUGGAGAAAUCGGGAUUAACAAUGGAGGAAACGAAGAAACUGCUGAGGGUGGCCCAGCUGGAAGCCGUGAGAUUGAAGCUUCGAGAAGUCCAGAAAAUCUGCGUAUCGUAUCCGGAGUUUCGUAGGGAUCUGCCGGGAAGGUUGCGCAGAUCUGCCAUGGAUCCACCAACUAUCAGACUGGGAACCUAG